AUGACUGCCAACUUCGCACGCGACGAGAUACGUCCACAUGUGGAGCAUUACAUCGGUAUCGAUGUGGGUACGGGCAGUGCCCGAGCUUGCAUUAUGAACGAUCAGGGCGACAUAGUGGGAUUAGCCUCGGAGAACAUCGCUCUUUGGCAGCCCCAAACGGGAUACUAUGAACAAUCAACGACAGACAUCUGGCGCUGCAUAUGCUCUUCAGUCAGGCGCGCUAUAGAUCAACACGGUAUCGACAGGACCUCUGUUCGCGGCAUUGGUUUCGACGCUACUUGCUCCCUCUCUGUUUUCUCCCACGAUACCGACGAACCUGUGUCCGUGACCGGGCCGGAUUUCGAUAACAAGGACGGCAAUGAUCGUAAUGUCAUCCUGUGGUUGGACCACCGGCCAGUUCAAGAGACACACAAGAUCAAUGCUACCAACCACAAUUUGCUUCGUUAUGUGGGCGGGAAGAUGUCCAUUGAAAUGGAAAUACCAAAGGUACUCUGGCUGAAGAACAACAUGCCGAAGGAGCUUUUCGACCGCUGCAAAUUCUAUGACUUGGCAGAUGCACUUACACAUAUCGCCACUGGCAAUGAGACACGAAGCUACUGUAGCGUAGUUUGCAAGCAGGGGUUCGUGCCUGUAGGCGUGGACGGAAGCGUCAAGGGUUGGCAAGAGGACUUUCUCACGGAGAUUGGACUGCAAGAUUUGUGCGAGGACAACUUCAAGCGGAUGGGUGGCGUUGACAAUGUGAACGGUCGCUACCUUACCGCGGGUGAACUUGUCGGCACAUUGAGUGAGAAAGCAGCAGCUGACAUGGGCUUGCAACCAGGCAUCGCUGUUGGCAGUGGUGUCAUCGAUGCUUAUGCUGGUUGGAUUGGCACUGUCGGUGCCAAGGUCAAACUUGACGAAGGCACCUUGGAUAUGGACGCACCUAAGAACGAUGUCUCACAGGCUUUCACUCGCCUCGCUGCCGUCGCUGGAACAUCGACCUGUCAUCUUGCCAUGUCACGCGACCCUGUGUUCGUAAACGGUGUCUGGGGUCCUUAUCGCGAUGUCCUGCUUCCUGAUUUCUGGAUGGCUGAGGGCGGACAGAGCGCUACUGGGGAGCUAUUGAAGCACGUCAUUGAGACGCAUCCUGCGUAUCAAGAGGCCACUACAGUAGCCGAGACCCUGAAUCGUAACAUAUACGACUACUUGAACCAACAUCUACGAGAGCUGGCCGAGAAAGAGGACGCACCACACACCUCCUGGCUAGGCCGCCAUUUUUUCCUCUACGGCGAUCUUUUCGGCAAUCGUUCCCCUAUCGCAGACCCGAACAUGAAAGGCUCAGUCAUCGGCCUAAGUUCUGACAAGAGCUUGGAUGGACUCGCACUGUACUACUAUGCAACGAUGGAAUUCAUUGCAUUGCAGACGCACCAGAUCAUCUCCGCCAUGAACGAAUCCGGCCAUGUCAUCUCCUCGAUCUUCAUGUCAGGAUCGCAAUGCCAGAACGAUAUACUCAUGGAGCUCAUUGCUGCGGCGUGCGAUAUGCCGGUCUUGAUACCACGAUACGUGCACGCAGCAGUUGUUCACGGUGCCGCUAUGCUCGGGGCGAAAGCUGCAAGCACCGAUGGCGAGGGAAAGAGUGAACCGUUGUGGGACAUCAUGGAUCGGUUAAGCAAGGCGGGCAAGAUGGUCAAGCCGUCGACAGAUAAGGCUUUGAAAGGGUUGUUACAGGCGAAGUACAAGGUGUUUCUGGAACAGUGCGAAAGCCAACAGCGCUACCGGAAGGAGGUGGACGAUGCAAUUUCAGGGUGGAAACGAUAG